UUGAUCCUUUUUCCUCCCAUCAGUUUUGUUUCCUUAGUGUUUUCAGACUACUUUUUUUUUUAAAAAAAAGUGUUUUCAGACUGAAAAAAUUCUUGUGUAGAUUGCUACCCAUUGUUUGUGGUAUACGGUAUGCGUGUGGUAUCGCACGCCUGCAGUUUGUCCUGUUGCUGGAGUAUUUUUUUUUGGAAGUGUUGCUGGAGUAUUUGGUUGCCAGCAGUUGUUUAACAUUACUCCUCGGAACUAUCGACGAGGUGUCGAAAGCGGCCCGGCACAUGGUCAUGGUCAGCUUCAAGCUGUACUCCAUUGGAUGCGAGUACAAGCCAAGUACUACGUGAUGCUCAUGUCAUCACUUCCCUUGCUUGGGUCCAUUUGCGUCGGCUUUGGUCUUGUUCUUCUUCUUCCCAGGAAAACGGCUUUGGUCUUCUUCUUCUUCCCAGGGAAAUCAUUUGUGAGAAUGGAGUUAGGGUACCUUCGGCCGUGUUGAAUUUUGGUUCCAAAUCUAUAGGGAAAAAUAUCUAAUAAUCUGCCUGAACAAGUGCUAGCAAAUAUCGCUUUUUGAUGGUAAUAGCCUGCUCAUCUAUAUCUGGCUUCACACCCCAAUUAUUACUGUCAUCCUAGCUUACGCGUCAACGAACGAUGUGUCUCUGUCGCCGUACCCGGUCAAGGGUAGGAUAGGAUCCUCUGUGAUGGCUGUUCGAUGGUACUCAUUCUGUUCUAUUUUCUUUGCAGCACUACAGUGCAGCCCAUAGUCACCGUUAAUCUUGGCCUGCAUUUUAUUUUAACAUAUAAAAAUGAAAAUAGCUUUACUUUAUUUUAACAAAAGUAAAGUUGUUGGAUAAAACAUACAUUUUAUCAGUUUUCAAUAUGAUUCUAGAAUACUCUUAAAUCUACGUUUGGUCAGAACAAGAACCAUGAAGAUACUGGCAAGUUGCAGCCUGUUGCAUUUUGACCACUCAAACUUACAAUUAGCGUCAGUCGCCCCACUCUCGCCAACAUACCGAGGUGAGUAGAAAUGCGCCGUUCUCAUGUCACAGAAAAUCCUUCUCUCUCCUCCCCAACUCUCUCUCUCUCUCUCUCCUCCAACACAUACACCAUACAUGCUCGCUCUUCCUCUUCUUGGGUUCGUCCCCUCUGAUCUCUCCCUCACCCUCCCACCAUCUCUAGGGUUUUAGCACCCCAUUUCCCCAUCGCCAUUUCCGAUUGGAUCGCUCCCUCCUCGCCCGCCGCCAGGCAGAUCCCGCCGCGAGCCACCUACCCUCCGGCGCCGCCACCUUCGUCUCAGAGGUCUCCGCCCAAAGCUCGCACAAGUCCCCUCCUUUCGCCCAUUUGUUGCAAAGAUCGGAAUUUUUUUUCUUCAUCAUCCAUUUCUUGCGUUUCAUUCCUUCCGUUCCCGGAAAUUUCACCGCUUCCUUGAGAUCUCGCUUUCGUCGAUCUGAUCUUGCCGCGUCUCGCGAGAAGCAUAGCAGUUUUGUGCGAGAGUUCGGGGAGAAGAUCCCCAGAGUUGAGAUUCUUGCGCCCAUUUGCUCGCUCCAAUACCUUUCAGAAGCAUCUGAUCUCGAAUAGUGAAAGAAAGUAGCCACCUUUGUGUCGUUUCUUGCAACUAGGCUUGGCCCCUGCGUAUUGGUGGUGGCUUGGCGCUGAGGGGGAGCUCUGCGGCGCUGCCCAUUCCUAUGAAUGGACGGGAGGGAGUCCACAGUGGCGUCCGGCCCCAACUUCUCGUUCUACGCGCAGCACCGGGGCAUCGGGGCUCCGGGAGUCCCCAGCCACUCGCCGGGGCUCCACGGCCCGCCGCCCGGCGGAUACCGGCAGCAUCUUGAUGCAGUCUCUGCGGGGUACGCAUUCCAGACCCCGCACGUCGGUGGCCCCCACAUUGGGCAGGGGUACCACCAUGUUGAGGCCUCACCUCCUGUGGCACAGCACAGCGCCGGUGGCGGCGCUAGCUCCGGUGGUGCUAUGGACAUUGGCAUGGGUGUGGCCGUGAGUGCUGAGGCUAAGGGGGAUCAGGGGAGUGUGGCUGGCCAGGAUGAGCAGGUGAAGAAGAAGCGUGGGAGACCAAGGAAAUAUAAGCCUGAUGGGGCGGUGACUCUUGGGUUAUCACCCUCUUCAUCAUCAACGCCUCACUCAUCGAACUCGGGGAUGGGAACCAUGGUCAGCACACCAGGUUCAGGAUUUGGAUCAGGGGGUUCAGGCUCUGGUGCUCCAUCAGAGAAACGUGGCAGGGGACGGCCUCCUGGCUCUGGGAAGAUGCAACAGUUGGCUUCGCUUGGAAAGUGGUUUCUUGGCUCUGUUGGAACAGGUUUUACUCCUCAUGUGAUAAUUAUUCAACCAGGAGAGGAUGUUGCUGCUAGGAUAAUGGCGUUUUCACAACAAGGCCCAAGGGCAGUGUGCAUCAUUUCAGCUACUGGAGCUGUUUCUACGGCAACCCUUCACCAGGAUUCAGACUCUGGUGGUGUGGUUACAUAUGAGGGUCGAUUUGAGAUCCUAUGCCUUUCUGGGUCAUACUUGGUGCUAGAUGAUGGUGGCACACGGACCCGAAGCGGAGGGCUUUGCAUAGCUUUGUGUGGUCCCGACCACAGGGUUAUCGGCGGCAGUGUAGGUGGAGUCCUGACAGCAGCUGGAACAGUUCAGGUGAUCGUGGGGAGCUUCAUGUAUGGCGGUUCGAAGAAAAACAAAGGUAAAGCCGAGGCAGACAUGGAGCAGGAGGAGGCGAAUGCUGGUGAGGAAGAGGCGGCCCCCGCAAUGGUGCUGCAGCAGGAGCACAACAUGCCUCCUCACGUGAUGAGCGGAUGGCCUCCGGGCAUGAUGAGGGAGAUGGACUCGCGAGCCUCAAACAUCGAUAUCAACUCGAUCCGCGAGUAGGGGGAGUAGGCCAGGCUCUCUGACAUUAUUGAAGGUAAGAAAAGAAACCAUCCUCAGCAGUGGCUGAGCUAGAGGACACAGGCACAGCAUGCAUGCAUGCGCUAACCUCCCCGUAGGUGCGAGAAGAGUUGUUGUGGUUGCUGUGUUAAGUAGGAACCCUGCGUGUGUCGUAUCGUAUCAUGUCAUAUAAUUAAGAGUUUAUGGUGUUGUACUUGGAUGCUGUUGUAUGAGAUAAUGAGAUAUGCUUUUGCUACCAACCAGCCGUACGUAUUCUAAUGUAUGUAUGCCAUGGUAGAAUGAA